AUGUCGAUAAGAUGUUACAGAGCAAACACAUCUGCCAGAUCACCGCGCUUGCACGACGAAUGUUCCUGCUUACAUCUUGGGCUGUUGAUGUAUGGUUUACCUCAGCUGUUAUAUUUACCUAGAAAUGGUAAGCAGCCACAAGUUUAUUGGGGCAUUUUACCAAAACCUGGUCUACACCACCAAUACCACAUUCUGCUAUACCAGUGCGAUGGCGAGGGCUGGGUGCCAGAAGAUAUGUUUAUACCACUGUUUGUUUACGUUGAGUGUCUGAACGUGCAGAGGGAGCAUCGCCGGUCAACUAGAGAGAUUAGAGGUCCUGUUUUUGACUGUGUUGAGUGUGGCAUCAUUCACUCUGAGGAGACAUCUAUGGGGACCAAGAGAACGCCCUGUGAAUCUUUGCCGAGUUGGGUCUCCGAGGUCAGGGGAGAGAGAGGCCCCAGUGUCCUUUUGAAGGAGCAGCUGAUGGACCUCAAGGGUGAGUUGGAACAGCUGGAGGACAGGGUUAGUGCCCUCACAGUGACAGAUGCUGAAGCUGCACUCUCAGUUAAUUUCUCCAAGAUGAGGGAUAUAGAGGGUGUUUUGACAAAAGUUGCACAGAUUAGAAAUUGCUUUAAGAUGCUCAAGGGCAGUGGCCAGAGCAGGUAUGGAUGCCUAGAAGCACAGGAAGAAGAACUGACAAAGGAUAUUAGGGCUCUGAGAGAGAGCCUAAGUGAAGAUCGCAAGUGUGUAGCAGUUGCGCAAAAUGUUAGAGUGCGGGCCACUGAUGCUCUUCAGAAAAGUAACUCGAUACAACGUAAUGGACAGGGAGAAGAACAGGCAAGCAUAGGUGUAAUAGGCAAUACUCAGAAACAUAACUCUGUGCAGAGAAAAAUAGAUAAUGAAAUGCCACUGGCCAUGCCGCAGUUUAAGCAUCAUUGGGAAGAACGUGAUCACCAAAUCUUUGUCAAGGUUUAUCAUAAAUUCAAGGGGAAGCAGCGACGAAGAGAAGAGUGGAUAAGAGUUCUAGCAUACAAGACGGAAUCAGAGAUUGAUGAACAUCUUGCCCUCUAUGAUAAUUACCUCCUUGAGAGAAACAAAAUGAGAGAAAAAUUAGUGCAGUGGAAGCAGGAAAGAGAACUGAAAAGGAUAGAGGAGGAAGCAAAGGUUGCCCAACAACUUGCCCUCUGGAAGACCUCAAGGGAAAGGAGUGAUUUGAAGGGGGAAAGUGACCUGGGUCAGGAGGUGAAGGUUGGGAAGAGCAGUUUGGGAAAAGUGAAGCCUCAGUCUUAUACCAGAGAAGAAAGAAAAAUUAUAGCUAAGCAGCUUCAAGAGUAUUGCCACCAGAAAGAAUUAGCAAGGACGGUAGAAAACAUGAGGAAACAAGAAGAAAAGUUACUACAGAAAAGAUUAUAUAAUGCCAAUAGUAGGCUAAACUUCAGAAAGAAAGAUGAGGAAUAUAUCAAGUACCUGAAAGAGCAGAGACAGAAACAAAAACAGUUGGAAGAUGAUCACUGCAGAAAACUUGAACAAUUAAAAUUAGGCGUGCAGGUUAACGUAGAGAGGAGUAGAGAUCGACUUUUCCAGUUGACCCAGAGUAGGGUAGCAUAUACUUCCAGUCCAAGGGAAAGUGGCAUGUUUAAUACAAUGAGUGUCAACAGUAUAUCAAAGCUUGGAACACCCACAUGGAGACAAGACCUCUGAACUUUGUAAGAAAUGUUUUAUAAGUGAACAGUUCAGC